AUCUUCUUGGAUUCUUUCGCAUCCGUCUUCUGGCUCAAGAAGCGCGGUCUCAUACCUGGUCUUGCAUUCUCCAACGAGCUCAUCAGUCAUGAUGAAGGUAUGCAAACCGAUUUUGCUUGCUCUUCAUUACGCCAUCUUAUGCUGACCGUUUCUCUAGAUGCUCUUCCUGUUGGCCUCAUUGGCAUAAAUGCCAAGCUCAUGUGCCAGUACAUUGAGUUUGUCGCAGACUGUUUGUUGGUGUCGUUAGGCAACGAUAAGGUGCACAAUGCCACAAAUGGUUAC